AUCGGUUCGGUUCAAACCGAACCAAAAUUGAAUAUACCGGAUCUCCGAAAGUGUCUGUGAGGCAAACCGAAUUCGAACCGAAAUUUAAGUCGGUUCGGUUCAUCCAAACCGAAUUGAAUACCGGUUCGGUUUUAAUACACAAACCCGAGGAGUUAUAAACCACCGCACUUUCUCUCUCUCUCCCAUACACCCAAACCCUCAUGUCUCUCCAUUUCUCCCUCUCUCUCCCCCCUCCAACAAACGCAAUCGAUGUAGAUCAGAAAGCGACGAUGCUGCGGUGGAAUAUCCUCCAUCUCGUGACUCAUCAGUGAGCAGAAACAGCAGGCUGCGACGGUGGUAUCUCCUCCGACUCGCGACUCAGCGGCGAGCAGAAUGCAGCGGUGGUAUCUACUCCAUCUCGUGACUCAGCGGCGAGCAGAAACAGCGAGCUGCGACGGUGGUAUCUCCUCCGACUCGCGACUCGGUGGCGAACAGAAAACAGCGGUGCUAGGGUGGUAUCUCCUCCGUCUCACGACUCACCGGCAACCGCGAUUGAUGCAGAAGUUAGAAUACAACGCAGCGGCAGGCGGGUACGACGAUUGAAUGUUAGAGGUCAGUAUGGUUGUAGAUCCAAGCAUGCAUGUCGUUUUUCUUUUUGAUUUUCACCUUCGAGUUUCAGUAGCAUUGUCGCUCUUUUCGAUUCAGGAGUAGAAAGCUUGGAUUUUGGAGAAGAAAGUUUUGAUUUUCAAUAUUGAUUUUGAUGCAUUUGGGGUUUUAUAUUUGGAUUUGGGUUUUUUUAAUCUCAGGGAGGAGAAGGGAGCAGAGAGAGGGGAAAUGGCAUCAAAAUCCAGUGGCCGGUGAGGAUGAGUUGGUGGCAAAGCCAACGGAUGAGAGGAGGAUCGGUGAUGUUGGAUGGUUGUUGGCGGCUUGGGUCAAGGAUUUGGUGUUCUUUGUUAGGGUUAGGUUAGUAGUAGGGAUGGAGAAGUUGUGGGCUUAUGGGAUUAAUUUUGGGCUUUGUUUAAUUUGGGCUGGGAGGGAUUUGUGUUUUAUUUGGGCUGUGAAAGAACUGGGCUUUGUGAGAGGUUGAGUAGUCAGUUGGGUUGUAGUAUUGUGGGUUAAAUUUUUUGUUCGGUUUCUCGGUUCGGUUGUUCGGAAUUCGGGUUUGGUCUGCAUACACCUGGUUUCCGAAACAAAUGGUUUUGGCUUCCGAAUUUCGAACCGAACAACAAUAAUUCGGUUUCGGUUUGGUUCAAUUCGGUUUCGGUCCGGUUCGAUUCGGGUUUACCGAACUGGAUGCCCACCCCUAAGCGGGUCACACUUGAGCCGUUAAAAAACUGUAAAUAGACCACUACCUUAUAUAUACUAAUUUUAUAACUAGCACAUUCCAUACCUCGAGGUAGGGAUGGGUUUGGCGUGGGUUUGCCUAAACCAACCUCAUCCCCAUUUUCAAAUAUCCAAACCCAAACCCUCUUUAUACCCAUGCGAUGGAAGGUUUUACAAAUCCAUACCCAUACUCACGGUUUUUAGAUACCCAUGGGUAAUACCCACUCCAUCAACUACUCACCAUUAAAAAAAGAAUAUGGUGACAAAUGUGGAUUUCACCCGCCCAAAAUUAUGGAACUAAUACAUAAGUGACACGUCCCGUCUCUUUUCAAAAACCAAACCAUAACUCAAACCAAAAACCGGUUACUCCGAAGCAACCCAAACCACAAUUUAAAACAAACAAACCGACAUCAUUUAAUAAUUUUUAACGAAAAGCCCUAACAUUUGGGCAAAAAUUCUCAAUCUCAAACACUUAAAACGACUUAACACAGAAUCUCCAAUUUGUACUAAUAACCAUGAAACAAAAUAAUUAACUAAUCUAACUUGACUCCUCACGAGCUUUCUGAUAUCCCGACGACGUUGGUACUGCUGCUCGCCUCGCCCUACUUCUUCUCAUGAUCCACUUCUGCUAGACUAUCCUCAACCUGGUGAGUGAGAAGGGGUCAGUCUCGUCGUUACUUCCUAAGGUCUUCCUAGGGGUCAGUCUCGUCGUUACUUCCUAGGCAAACUCCUUACUAAACACAUUAUUAGGGGAAUGCCUUCCUAGCAUGAAAGUCGUUCUCGCUUUCUGCUCUUAAUUAACCAUUCCUAUCAACUCAUCUCAACAUUAACUCAUAAAAGUUCUCGACUUCUAUCAUUAUCUCAACACAAAACACUAGGACCACCGCGUUACGUCUCGUCGUUCGGUGUCCUACCCUAGUAUGCCAACCGCGUUACGUCUCGCCGUCCGGUUGCAUACCCAAACUCGGCAAUGGCACUGCGUUAUGUCUCGCCGUCCAGUCCAUGCCCGUCAACUACUGCGUUAGGUCUUGCCGUCCAGUAGUGAUCCGACCAUCUACCGCGUUCAGUAGUGGCCCAACCGCAUGGGGGUUCCUCAUACCAUCAACCAUACAAACAUACAUACAUUCAUACAUAGCACAACGCGUGCCUCCAUCCUUACAGGCGGUGGGAUGCCUCACACACAUAUCGCGCAUACUAGAAAAAAUUUACUAAAUAAAAACUUGAACGAAAA